UCUCGUGGUGGAAGCGGUUGGGCUAACAUUAUUUCGAAAAAAACCUAGUAAUAAUUUUCACUAAAACUCGACCUAUUGAAUUAAUGCAAAAAUUAUUUCAUUUUGUUAACUUUUCAAAAACAUGUUUAUUUUCCCAACAAACUGCCUACAAAGUGUCGACAUAAUUAGUCAAAUUAUAUAAAUAUUAGUAUGUAUGUGGAAUUUUGAAGCGGAUAAAUUAAAUCUGCCUCCAUUCGUUUAUUUUACAAUCUAAUUCUGGUUUGGUGAAAACUCCCGGCACAGCAUCAACGUUUUUUACUCGAAAAUAAUCGACUUAACAGUGUGUGAAAUUAGUGGGAACAAGUCCAAGAAAUAAAAUAUAUUUCUCUAAAUUUUGAUUUACAAGCUUAGCAAUAAAUCGCGAUUUUACGAUGUCGUUGCGACUUGAAAGGUCCGGAAAACCCAUUGAAGAAUUGACAGUCCGAUGGAACGGUGACGUCUCUCUGGAUAUGACAGACGAGAUGGGCAGUAUUUCCAGUGAAGAUGAGACGGGGUCGGAAUACGAUGGUGAACAAAGGAGUAGAGGAAAAUCGGUGCUAGAAAUAUGGGAUGAUGACUAUAUUUGGGCUAGAUUACAAAUGUUGUCUGAUAGUGAGGACAUAAUUGAGAUGAUUGAACAAGACAAUACGGAAACGAUUUUUACGAAAAAUCCAAAGAGUCUGCUACUUAUAGCUACGUGGUUGCAGAAAGAGAAAAUACUUCAGGAGCUUUUGGAGAAGGGAGUUUCUUUACACGCUGUAGAUGGAGAGGGACGAUCAGCGCUCCAUCUAGCUGCUUGCACCGGCAAUAUCGACUGCAUCAAACUCCUUCUCCAACACGGCGCCGAAAUCAGCGCCCGCGACGCCCUCAACCGCGCAACCCCUCUGCACUGUGCCGCAAGCAAAGGCCACUUAUCCGCCGUCAGAUUCCUUAUUCGCCACGGUGCCGAUGUCAACGCUGGCCUCGACAACAAAAGUCCUCUUCAUUAUGCCGUCCAGAGCCUAGCGAUCGACUGCGUUAAGGAACUUCUUGAUAACAAAGCCAUCCCUAAUACUUCCCAAGUAUACAGUGAAACUCCUCUCCACGUCGCCGCAACUCUUGGCGCCCCUGAAAUCGUUAAACUACUCCUCGACCAUGGCGCUGCCGUCAACGUCCAAUGCGGCACCGACAAACUCACUCCUCUUCACUUGGCCGCGGAGGACAGCGAUGCUGAAUGCGCCCGGCUCCUCAUUGAUGCUGGUGCCCAACUCACCAGCGAGAAUCACAAGAAACAAACUCCUCUCCAUUUGGCGGCCUUGUCUCAAUGCUCGGAAACACUGGAAUUGCUCCUAGCAAGAGGGUCGAACCCCAACGCGAGGGAUAUUGAUGGCAGGACUCCCCUGCAUGGGGCUAUCGUCAAGGUUUCACGGUCGUGUGAAUGUGUCAGACUUUUACUCAAAGCAGGAGCUGAUGUCAAUCGACAGGAUUCCUUCGGGUACACUCCUCUACAUCUUGCAGCCCUUAAUGAAUUCUCUAAUUGUGUUAUGAUGUUACUAAAUCAUGGGGGCGAUGUGACAGUAAGAACGAACGGAGGAGUCUCCGUUUUAAGUUUCAUUACAAGAAAAACACCCGAUGUUAUUCCGAGAUACCUUUCAAAAUUUGAUUCAGCGAUCAAAAUCAACGAUCAUGAAAUUGGAGACGUCGACUGUGAACUCAAACUUGAUUUCAGAAUUUUGGUACCAACUAUGGGACACCAAGAAACCGAACUUUUACUCAACUUUAUCGAAGUCGGACACAGAGAAGUUCUCAAGCAUCCACUUUGCGAAACUUUCCUUUUUCUCAAGUGGCGCCGAAUCAGAAAAUUCUUCCUUUUUAGUCUCUUCUAUCACAGUCUUUUCGUCUUGCUGUUCUCUAUAUACACCAUAGGAGUGUACAUACAAGACUGUCCUUCACUACGUGGUCUUCUACAUCGUUCGUGUCGAGUACCACAGUAUUACAACAUCAUUGGUUACAUUCUCCUCGUAUUCAAUUUUAUGUUUCUGGGAAAGGAACUUUUUCAAAUUUGUCACUCUUGGCGCACUUACAUCCAACAAUGGGAAAACUGGUUACAGUGGCUUAUCAUUAUCAGUGUUUUUUGUUGCGUCCAACCCACUUCAAAUGAGAAUAUGGAUAUCAGAUACCAAGUAGCACGGUGGCAACACCACGUGGCUGCAGGAGGGAUUUUUCUAGCUUGGGUCGAACUCAUGAUGAUAGUUGGACGAUUCCCAAUUUUUGGACUCUACAUACAAAUGUUCACCACAGUCGCUGUAAAUUUCAUCAAAUUUGUGAUUGCUUAUUUCUGCCUUCUCCUAGCUUUCGCCUUCAGUUUUGGCGUCCUUUUUGCCAAGUAUAAAUCCUUCAAAACUUUGAAAUGGAUAAUUAUUAAAGUUCUAGUAAUGAUGUCGGGAGAAUUGGAAUAUGAAGACAUAUUUUACGACGAGGAUGCCCCCAUUCAGUACGACUAUACCUCUCAAUUCAUGUUUCUUGCUUAUGUAAUCUUGGUUACAAUCAUUUUAGCCAAUUUAUUAGUCGGUUUGGCAGUCAGUGACAUCCAGGGUUUGCAACAAAGUGCAGGUCUUGAUAGACUGGUCAGACAAGCCGAGCUCGUGGCUCAUCUCGAGUCGAUGCUCUUCUCCCGCUUGUUGACAUGUAUUCCUCACAAACUAAUGCAUUUUUUUCAUAAACAAGCUCUUCUUUUAAAAUCACAAUAUCACUGGGCGCUUUACAUCAAACCGAACGAUCCGAGAGAAGAACGUAUAACUAAAGAUUUGAUAAAAAAUAUUUAUCAUUUGGUGGCAGAGAGAAAAGAAAAGCCAAGAAAAAAACGAAGAAGUAAUAAAAUUAAGUCCGAUUUUAUUUCGCCGCCAGUAUCGAGGAUGAAUUCGAUUUCUGAUUCAUAUGGAGGUGGUGAUAAACAAGCGGCUUUGAAGAGUGAAUUGGAAGGAAUACAAAAAGAGUUUGCCGAAUUUACUCAAACGUUCAAGGAAAAAAUGGAGUGUAUAACAAAUCAGAUGAUUAAAAAUACAAAGAGUUAAUUUGUGUUGUAAUAACUCAUUUUUUAUGUGAAUGUAAACUAUUUUCUAACUAAAUAAAAUAAUGUUA